AUGAUUUCAGAUCAUUUAGUAACAUCAACGAUCGAACAACAAAAGUGUUGGACUUGUGGAAAACCAGCUACUUCAAGGUGCGCAAAAUGCCACACUACGAAUUACUGUAGUGUAAAAUGCCAAAAGAAAGAUUGGGGCAAACAUAAAAUCAUUUGUACUCCAACUCGCCAGAAUAAUACAGCUGAUUUUCUGGUAAAAGCAGUCAUGGACGACUUGUUUCCAGAAGAUCUGGAUACUCUUGCCGAUUUCGGCCUCUCCAAUUGCCAUCUGCAAGAGCAGAGAACAUAUCUUAUGAGUGUAUAUGCCGGACUUAUCAAGAUACUUGGAGUGAGCAGUAAGGACUUGCACGAAUGGCAACAGGCUAACGAGCUCGCUCUACACAUUCGAAAAACAUAUGAGGACGCUGGAGCGAGUAGUGGCUAUUAUAAUUGGUUUCUGAAAAAUCAACACUUAGUUGACUCUCGAACACCAAAAGCAGAUGUUUCUCAGCUUGUUCGAAAAUAUCUUUCUGCGGAAGAUAAAGACAAGGAUAUGGAUCAACUCGAACCGCAGGAAAAGCGUCUAUCAGUCUGGUUAUACAUAGUAUUACUCAUGGGCAAUAUUCCACGUAUUGAGUAUGACAUAUGGUUUCAUUUCGGAUUCUGUACAUGCAAAUCUCAAAGAAUAGAAUCUGACUUAGGUCGUAUCUACCGUACUCUUAUUGAUCAAUGUACAUUAUACGAAUUCUACACAAAUUCUGAAUCACAAACUUUAGAAGCUCUUCUUCGAUUGAAAAAUAUCGAUGGUAUUGACGCACUUAAAGCACAAGGUGUGGUUUUUGGAUAUCCUAAUAUAAGUGUUUAUCACCUGAAGCAAUACGUACUUGGAGAGGAUGUGCCUUUACAGCGGUGCAUCGGUGUUGACUAUGGAUUCUAUUUAUGCAGGGACAAUAAAUCAAGACAGAAGUUGAGAAAAAUUUACAAACAAUUAUUUGGACAUGUUAAUUUUGAUAUCCUUCAAUUACAUCAAGCUUGCAUUUCGGGAACUCUUUAUAAAUAUACCAGUCAAUUCGUUGUUGCUGACGCCAAUUUGAUGAAAAAUCCAUAUCCUUUAGCAGACCUCUAG